ACUGUUUCGGGUCACGUGACGUACCGUUAGACGCCAUAUUGGCAGUUUAGUGCUGCUUUGCUAGGGGUUAGCGAUGUGUGUUUAACCGUCUACGGUGUUUUUUAAUUAAUAAUAACCACGAUUAUUUAUAAUAAAUAAUUUGUGAUGAGUUGUGUUGUUUAUUGUGUCGAAAUAAAGUGUCGAUGGUUUUAAAUAUCGCGGGUAUUUACGACUAUUGUCGAUUGUCACAUCAAAGUUCUAUUGGCGGUGCAGAUGUUCUGUUUCUUUCGAGUGAAAUCCCAUGUGCCAUGGCGGGAAUUUUAGAAAAUUAAACCAAUCAAGACAUCUGACCUAUCGGCUAUGGCAGCUAUCGUGGAAAUGGGGGAGGUUGAAGACAUUCAUUCCAAAGAAGAAGGUAACAUCAUUAUGAAUGGUGAUUUAUCGAAUAAUGUAGAUAUGGAAAAUCAAGUUAGUCAAGAUAGUGUUAAAAAAAGCGCGGUUCCUCUCGAACCAAUGGACACAGAUGAUAACAGUGAUACCAAAGAAAAAGAAGAAACUGAAGACAGUAACGAAGAUGAAAUAGAAGACGACGACGAAGAAGAUAGAGAAGAAGAAAUCGUUAAUAACGUCGAACGAACUUCCGUAGAAAACAAUCCUUCGCCAAUAGGCGAAGAUGAAGCUCCAAUGGAAGUUCAUGAAAUUAACGAGAGUCAAUCGGAGGAAAACGAAGUUCGAUCUGAAGAAUUGGUUGAUGAUAGUAGCCAAGAAACGAAAGCCAGUGAAGAACAAACAGAAGACGAGGAAAUGGCGGAAAAAAUAACUGAAGAAAACGAUAAAACGAAUGACGAUAACAGUCGACAAGUCGACGAGAAUAGCAAACAGAGUACUGAAGGAUCGGAAACGUCUAUAAAAAAAUUCGAGGAGGAUUUCGUUAAAGACAAAGUUGUAGAAAUACACGAAAUCGAUUCAGAUGACGACGACGACGAAGCAAACAAAAUCGGUGAUCCGAUCGAAUUGAACGACUCGGGAGGUGAAGACGGCGACGUUGUGAUAGUUGAUGCACCAAAAGAGAACGGAACGUCAGAAGUUAUAGAUUUGGAGACGCCGGAGAAGAAAAUCAAGGAGAAAAAACCAUUUGAAGCAGUCACUCCAAGGAGGAGUUCGAGGAACUUGAAUAAAACUAAAAGUUACGCGGAAAGCGAUAAGGAAGACACAGAUACGGGGAAAGUGAAAAAAUACGAAAAAGAAAAAAUGAUGAUGAUGAUGAGGGGAGUGGAGGAACGUUUACCGAUGCCGACGACACCGUCGACGGCCGCCGCAGCGGCGGCGGCAUCGGCUUCCGAAGAAUCGGAUAUAGAAGAAAUUUUACCUCAAGAUCCUUUGGCGUGUAACGAUUCGAUAACAGUCGAAAGGAUACCGUCGGAUAAAUCGAAAAGUACGAUAAAGAAAACUCCAAUAGUCGUUAACGAUACCAAAAGACUAGUAGAAAUAGCGACCAAGAGUAAUUGUAACAGUAACAAUAUUCCUCAGGGUACUAAAAAAGAACCUACCUUAGUUAUAAUAGAUACAAAUUCUAUUUUAUCGGGUCGGGGACCGAUACCUGUAAAUAAAAAUUCCGCCGCCUCCAACGCGAACAAUCCCAUAUCGAACGCGACGUCCUCUUAUCAGACCGUACUGCCGAUGGCGUUGCCCGCGCAAGGGAUGUACCCGCCGAAUAUGCGAGCAACUAUCACCCCUAUACCCGUUAAUCAGCCGCCGAUUUUAACCGCCGCCUCUCAAUCGGCUAAAUUGUCGCCGGCGACUAUAACUCCCGCCCAAACGAAUCCCCUCUUACCGAGUUUGACGGACGAUAUGUUUGUCGUCGAAGCGCCAUCUUUUAUCGUACCGUACGUUUACGAAAAACCGCCCGUUAAGGAUUUCAAGGAAUUCGUCAAGGAGAUCGAACAACAAAUCAAGGAGAAGGAUAAGAAACGGGACGGUGAUGGCGAUAAGAAGAAGAAGCAGAAGAAGGACGACGACGAGGACGAUGACGACGAUAGCGACGAUGACGAUAAGACGCAAGCCGUCGAGGAACAUCUCAAGAAAGAGGCGAAAACCGACCCGAAUUACGUACCGGAAACGAAAAAGGACCUCGACGACGCCAAAAAGCCUUACUCUUAUUUCGAUAGCCCUUUAGGUAAAUUCUUCAUAAACAUAGGAUUCAAUUUAGUACAAGAAUACGUUCAAACCGAUCUAUUGAAACAACAGAAACGCAAACACAGUCGAGAAGGUGGUUCGAAUCCGGAAACGGAAAAAACGAUAAAAUCUCUAGUGAAAAAUUUGGCUUACAGCAAAGAGAAUAACGAACCGUUUAAAACGCCGUUGAAAAAAUGCGAAUUUUGUAAUUUCAAAACGGAAUCGUCGUUGGCGAUGUCCUAUCAUUUGGAAACGCCGCACAUGAAAAAUUUCGUUUACAAAUGUAAUUUUUGUCCUUACGAAAUCCGUAGUCCUCACGAUAUCCUUUUCCAUAUGGAAGCCGAACACGCGGUGAGAGGUCAUCUCGAGAGGGCGCCUGCAUUCCACCAGUGUCCAAAUUGUCCCUUUGAAGAUAAUCAAAAAGGUAAAUUGUCGCGCCACCUUGUGACGUGUAUGAAAAAAUUCAAAGCGGAAAGGAAUUUAGAACCGCCCGUCGAUUGGGAACCGCCGGCGAAAAUACCGAGAGUGCCUAAAAUGCGACAACAAGGUUUGAACGCUACGGCGGCGGCGUACCAGGCUCUGUCGAAGAAUACGCAAUUCCAAUUCCUUUCCAAGAUGCAAUUGCAGAGCGCCCAAAAUGCCCUCAACAGGGGUAGAGGUCGACCUACUUUGGGCGGUAACGUCAAUAUCAAACCGCAGGGGGCGUUGGUACGACCGCCCGGAAUGGUAUUCAAACAACAAACCAUGUCCGGUGGAUCGGUAUUAGUACCGACGAAUUACCAACUCAGCGGUAAUCAAGUUUUCCAGGUGGUGGGAGGACAAGAGAUAAGCGGUCGGCUUGGUAAUUCCGGCCACGUCUUUGUCCCCAACGUACCUUCCGCCUCUAGCACAUCGUCGGCCCUUCAGAAUCAGUCUUCUAGUAAAAAACCCGCUCAACAGCCGAGCAUAUCGAUAACACCCCUACCUCGCAACACGUCCUCGUCGUCGUCGACGACGUCCGUCACCCCGGUAUCGUCGGGGGGCGCCAAACCCGGCGACACCACCUCCAAAAAUUCCUUCGUAAUAUGCGAAAUAUGCGACGGUUACAUCAAGGAUCUCGAGCAGCUCAGAAAUCACAUGCAAUGGAUACACAAAAUUAAGAUACACCCGAAAAUGAUAUACAAUAGGCCGCCGUUGAAUUGCCAAAAGUGUCAGUUUAGGUUCUUUACCGAUCAAGGUUUGGAAAGGCAUCUGUUGGGUUCGCACGGAUUGGUUACGUCCAGUAUGCAGGACGCUGCCAAUAAGAGCAAGGAUUCCGGAAGGUGUCCCGUUUGUGGAAGGGUAUACCAAUGGAAGUUAUUGAAUCACGUAGCCAGAGAUCACAGUAUGACGUUAAAACCGGCUCACCUUUCUUAUAAAUGUACAGUGUGUACGGCGACGUUCGGUAUGUACAAACAAUUCGAAAAUCACGUAUACUCAGCCCACAGCGUAGUCGCCAAAAGGGUGAUGGACAAAAAGGGCACGACAACAACAACAGCUAAUACGAAAUCUUCGGGAUCUUCGGCUGAUCAAUUGAAACCAUUGAAGAUCAACGACGAAAUUACGAUUAUACCCCAACCGGCUAAAUCUUCAUCGGCGAACGGUAAAGAAGAAAAAAGUUCCCCUGGUACUAGUAAAAAUACUGACGCGACGUCUGGUGGCAGUUCUCGUGCCGAACGUUUGGCACGAAGAAAUGCGGCGGAUGAAGAUUGAAAGGACUCCCUUAUUAGUUACUUUGAAUUUUCACAAAUUUUCUUUGAAGAUAUAACCAAUUCUGUCUAUUAAGGACCAAAUAUCUUAUGUCGUGUGUGUGUGUGUGUGUGUGUGUGUGUGUGUGUGUGUGGAAUAAAUGUGAUCCCCCCACUUUUGUUCGAAAAUAUUAUUUCAACCCUGUACAUCAUUUUUACUAAAACAUUCACGUUUAACCAGUGGAUUAAUAUCCGUUUAAAAAGUAGGCGUAAUGUACCGUAAUUCAAUUUAUUCCCUUUUAUAUUAAUAAAAAUUGAAAAUUAUUAGGAAAAUUUUUGUUAAUUGGUCGUUAUAGUUUCGUUUAGAUUUUGAAAUUUAACUUAUCAUUAUUGUUCAAAAAUAUUCUAUAGGGGUAAUAUGAUAAGAUGUUUAUUUCAUAUAUUUUUAUAACAGAACUAUAUCGUUUGAAAAAAAAACUUGAAAAAUGUUAUUUUUUUUGUAUUCAGAUCGUUUUUAUUUCAAAUUAGCGGAUGUUAGUUGAUAUUGGGAACCGUUUAAAGUUGUUAUGCUUGUAUUUUCAAAUCCUAAUUGAAAAAUUCCGUUUCUAGGUUAUUUUUCAUCAUUUCUCCGAUCGAAAGCAUCUGAAUUUAACUUAUUUUCGUAUUUAUUAGGCCUCGAAAAUAAUUUUUUUUAUUGAAGGAAGUGAUUGAACCCUGGAAAUUUGAACCUAGGUUGUGUUUAGUCCUUAAAAUCGUUUCUAUUGUGAGAAAUGUCCCUUUACUUGUAAUGUAAUCGUUUUAGAUGGCUUUUCCCAUAAAAAACCAUUAAGAAGAGUAAUUAGGCACCAUAAACGAAAAUGCCAAUGGAAAAUUCAAAUUUUUCUAAUCAAAAGUAAUAAUUGAUUCCUGAAAACUCGAUCCUAGGUUGUUUAUCGUCGUUUAAUCGUUUUUAUGAUGAAAAGUGUCUUUAUUGCCAACAGCCAACAUCAUAUUAUGUGGUUUUUCCUAUAAAAAUCGAAAAUUCUGUAAGGAAACUCCAAUCCAAAAAAGUGAUUGAUUCCUAAAAAUUUGAUCCUAGGUUUUUUGAAUCGUUUAUAUCAUCAUUUGACGUGGUUUUACCUGAAACGAAUCCAUAUACUAAUGAAUCUGAUUCCAAUGGGUGAAUUCGAGUAAAAAUCGACUUUUUCAAGGUGCAAAAAGUGUUUUUUAAAUUUUUCUUUUGUAAUUUUUCACAUUUAUUGUUCACUUUCGAUGCACGUUGUAUAUUUAGCAAUCGAAUGGGUAAAAACUGUUGUAAAAAUUGUAUGGGUCAUAGAAAAAAAUAAUGUUGCACUAUAUUGUAAAGAAAAAUACAGUUUUAGAAUAGAUAAGUACGAUGUAAGUGUUUUUUUUUUGAAUUUUCUUUUUUCUCUAGCGAUUUUAGUCGAGUUUAUAUAAAAACAGAAUUGAAAAUAUAUUUAUAGCCAGAUGGAA